CUUAUAACGUCAGUCACUCUUGAAAGCAGUUAACGUACGUUGUGAAUGUUUUAAAAAAUAUAAAAUAUAUUACUUUUAAAAAUAAUAUCAUAUCAGAUUUAUGUACCGAAUAGUAUUUAUGUGAUACCUAAAAAUGUCUUUCUCGUUUGGUACGCCGUCAAGCGCCCCAGCGACAACAGGUCUUACCGGGGGUUUUAGUUUUGGCGCUAACAAGCCCGCUACACCUGGUUUUGGGCUCACAGCAACCACUCAAUCGACGGGGUUAUUCGGUACCCCGGCUACAACUGCACCAGCUUUUGGAACCGCAACUGGAACUACUCCAGCAUUUGGAGCAACACCAGCUUUUGGUGCUGCAACCCCCGCAUUUGGUGCUAACACUAGUUUUGGGGCUGCAACAAGCGCACCCGCUUUUGGUGCAACAACUUCACUUUCAUUUGGAGUGUCCAGUGCUGCCCCAGCAUUUGGUGCCACAACCUCCUCAUUUGGUUCAGGGACACCAGCUUUUGGAUCUGGAGGUCUCAACUUUGGAACUGGGACAACUUCAGCAGCCACAAAAGGAUUGUCAUUUGGCACAACUACAACUAGUUCAGGCUUGGGAGGUUUAGGUGGGUUUGGUUUUGGUACGACAACUUCAAACUGGUCACUCGGUACAACAGCUACAACCACUACUAGCGCUUUUGGGAAUCAAUUAGGAACAAUUAAUGUAACUGGCACCCAACCGUCUACAUCAGCAGCGCCAAGCCUUGGUUUAGGUGGUAUAGCUACAUCAGGGGUGACAAACACUACAACUACGGAUGGAAAAAAUGAACCACCGAUGCAACAGAAGUUGCCGAAUGAAAUAUCAACAACGGUGGAGUCGUUUAAGGAGUUUGUGAAGAAACAGAAAUCAUUGAGCUCGGACAUCAUGAGGAUCUCAAUUAAACCGCUGCAUAAGGUAAGCCAAGAGGCGGAGACCACGCAACGCGCUGUGGCAGCUUUACGCGGCGAGUGCGGGAGGGCGCGGGCUCACUGCAAGCGGCUCCGAGCGGCUGCUGCUGCGGCACUCGCUGCUGCUGAGACCGCCGCCAGGGACGCGCCCGGUACCGACCUGGAGGGGCCCAUACCGCCGCAGUACGUGUCCGAACUGAUAUCAGAAUUGGAACAACAAUUGAUAAUGUUUAGACGACAGAUGGACGUCGCUGAUAAACAGAUGCAGUCAUCACCCAAACUACUCACUGAACAAGAAUUAACACUCGGUAUCCGUCGUAUGCACGAGUCGUUGGUGGCGUUGGCUGGGCGGCUUCAAGCGGCACACGCUCUGGUCGCGGCUCAGAAGGAACAAUAUCUCAACCUCCGGAAGUACAUACUGAAGGAUCCCACUGACGUGUUUGAUACGCCCACACAAAACGCAAGCCUCGACCAGAUACUCGGUGACGCCGAAGGCACCAGAAAGAAGAAGUCAAUUUCAGACUUAGGUCUCGGAAGCUCUGUCUUGUCUGAUCCCAGGGCGCUUUUAGGUAAUAUUCAAGAAUUGGCUGGACCAACACCAUUUACGUAUUUGGGCAACUCAAUGUCUUCACUACCUGUUCCAGAUAAUACAGGAUCAAACUGGCAGCCACAACCACAGACGAAUCUGAACACAUCUCUCAACCUAAGCUUUGGUACAGCUCAAAACGAUUCCGGUUUCCAGCUGCAAAAGCCACCUGGUAAACGUGGGAAGCAAUGAUAUUUAAGAUAAUAUAAGCGAUAAAUUGAUCCAUAAUACAAUUGUAUUAAAGAUCAAUUUAUAACGGACGGUGAUAAACACACACAUUUAAAUGGUGAACUAAAUGAUACAUUAGUGGGGGUCAAUAUAUAAUGGAUGAAGUGGAAUUAAAAGUGAAAGUGAAUUGUUUAAGUGACAAGUGUGGUUUGAAACUAAUAUGAAUCAUUGGACGAUUUAUUGAUAAAUUAGUCUUCUAAUAUUAAAAAUUAUGAAUUAUUUGUAAAAUUUCAAUAUGUCCCAUGAAUUAGUGUAGUUUAAAUUUAAUUGCGAAGUAUAAAUAUAUGUUUCAUUAUUUGCUAAGUAAGUAAAAGUAGUUUUUUAGUCGAGUCUAAAUAAAUGUGAGAUGGGAGAUAAUAAUUGAAUCAUAAAAAUGUCAAUGAAUUUAAAACACGCGUUGAAAAUUGCAGUGAUAUAUAUUUAUUGUAUUUCUGUGGUGUUUGUUGUUUAUUAGUUAGUGAUAUUAAUAUUGUUUUUGUGCUGAUAUGUGAGAUACAUGAGAUGGUCUAUUUGAUAUAAAGCAUUGGUUUAUGGCUGGCCUUAGAUUAACCCCUGUAAUGUAUAACAUAUAAAAUUCAUACUACAGAAUUCAUAUAAAAUAUUCAUAAUCCUAGAGACGAAAUCUCUCAGCAUACCAUGGAUUCACCGUGCGGGUGCCGGGUCCAUCUUGUUGCAGGGAGAGGAGCUUCAACAGUGCCUGGGACUUGCGACCCAGGUGUGGGUUUAAGGGCUUCUAUCUAACGCGCCUUAAACGCUCACCUCUACUGUCCAAGCUCCUCUCUCUACCUAACCAAAUUUAAAACGAACCUACUAAGGGCUGCCUUAGACACAUGUUCCAAGAAUGAACUGAUGUUAGUUCUUGGCAGACCCAAAUCUUUUAGCAGGUUGUAGAGAGAUUUGGCUGUUACACCUCUCGCUCCUACUUCUACCGCGUGCAAAUUUACAAGGAACCUAUUCUUAGUGAGUUCGUUGACAUUGAUGAAUGUUGUAUUACGUAAUGACUGUUUUUCUAUACUCUGGUUCUUAAAUAUCCUUUGGGAUGUGACAGUAAAUAACUUAGUAUUUCUUAUGCAUUUCUAUACAAUGAUAUUUGACAUAAAAUUGUUCGACUGUAUGUACUUGUCAUUAUUUGGUGUUUUUACAAACUAAUAAUCAUCACAUGGUUAAUGUAAUUAUAGAAAGAAGGGUUUUUUCAUAAGAUUGUAUGAGGUGGUUGAAAAUAUAUGUUCUCUAGGAACACUACCACUAUUGUGGGCAAGUGGUACUUAUGGCAAUUAGGAUAUAAGGUAUAACUAUUAGGUAAUAGAAAUUUUUCAUAGUUAUUGUCUAAAAAAAUCAGCUCUCAGGGUGACUUAACACACAAGUAAUGAAAAUUUCUUGAUAA